UUGCUUUGCUUUGCUUUCUUUCAUAUCACUAUCUCAUCUCAUUUUCUCCCCACCAUUCAAAUAGAUAAAGAAAACAAAUCUUUUGUACCAUUCUCUUCCCCUUUCCUUUCCUUUUCUCUCUUCCUCUCCACCAAACCAAUCCUCAACACUCCCACUACCAAUUUCCCUCUCCUUUUACAAACAACACAUGAACUUAGUGCGAAAUAAUUGAGGCAUUAUAUUGCAAUAUAUAACCAACAUUCCUUCUAGUGAUGCCAUUUCAUUUUUGUUUGAGAUUUCUCCUCUUCUUCCUUCCACUUUUCUCUUCAAAACCCUUCAUUUUUUUGUGGGUUUUGUUCAACAUUUGAGAAUGUUUUUGAAUCCUCUCCAAAAGCUUGAAAAAAACCCACUUUUAAAACCCUAAUCUUUACACAUUUCAUCACUCUUUUCCCAUUCUAAUCAUAUUUUCUCCAUUACCAAACCUCUAAUUAGCAAAAACAAGCAUGCCCAUUUCUUCAUUUCCCCCAAAAAUGCUUCAUUUCGCCCAAAAAUGUCUAAUUUGCUUCGUUUUCUUAAGCAUUGCUACAAAUUUUCAUUCAACUUCAGCUGGUUUUCUCAUCGAACCGGUUUCCGGCCAAAGCCAGCCACUAAAUCCCGGCGAAUACUCAUCCUCCAACACGGUUCCGGCCUUUCCGGUCCAAACCCAGAUGCAAAUUUGCCAUCUUGAUCUCUCCGACGAGCUUUUCGGCGGCGUUAGGGAAGCUUGCGGUCGAGACUUGGACCGGAGUCGGUGCUGUCCUGUUCUAGCCGCGUGGCUUUUUGCCGCUCAUGCACGCGCCGCCCUGAAGAUUACCACUCCGGCGCCGUCGGACCUUCCGAUGAUGCCGGAUGACUCACAGAAAUGCGUGAACUCGCUGCAGGCGUCGCUGUUGAGUAGAAAUAUAAAGAUUCCACAGCCGAAUGCGAGCUGCGACGCCGUUUUGUGCUUUUGUGGGAUUCGGCUUCAUCAAAUUAGCUCGUUGUCUUGCCCCGCUGCCUUUAAUGUCUCCGGCGACGGCGUUCGCGACGGCUACCGGAACGCCACCCCGACGGCCGCCGUCCGUAAUCUUGAAAAGAAUUGCCGGAACUCAUCUUAUUCCGGUUGCACGAAAUGCCUUGGCGCCCUUCAAAAGGUUACGGCAACGAAGAAGAACGCCACCAGCGACAGAGUGAGUAAAAUGUUCAACAGAGACUGCCAGCUCAUGGGGCUGACGUGGCUCCUCGCCCGUAACAAAACGGCGUAUAUCCCCACCGUUUCGGCCGUACUACGAGCCAUCAUGUACAGUGCCCACCCUCCUCACGAGUCUACGUGUAGUCCGGACCAAGAAAACAUGCCGCUGGCCGUCGAUUCGUUACAGAUGGAAAAAGCGCAGUCGUCAUCGCCACCGUCCAUUUCUCUGGUUCCGAUUAUACCCCUAUUGGUUAUUGGUUAUUGGCUUGCUUGGUAGUGGGCGUAGGGGUAAUUAUGGGUUGGGAUCCGUUUGUUUUGUAAUUUUUGGAGCCUGUCGGGUUCACGUGAAGCUAGUGGACAAAAAUAAGGGAUGAUGGAGGGGCUUUUUUGUCUUUUCGCUACACUGUAAAUGUCAAAUCUGGGUGCUUUUUUUUACUUUUUUUACUCUCUUCC